CAAUCAGACCAGACCUCCACAGCUAAUCAACAUACUACAAUUUCCAAAUUUCCUAAACACCUCACUAUAUUCUCACCACCCUUCUCUCUGUCUCUCUUUCACAAAACAGAGACAUGGAUUCGACCAGCACUUUAACAUUCAAAGUUGCAAGAAAAAACCCAGAGCUGAUCGCUCCGGCAAAGCCAACGCCGCACGAAUUCAAGCUCCUCUCCGACAUCGACGAUCAAGAGGGCCUCCGCUUCCAGAUUCCGGUGAUCCAGUUCUACCGGAGAAGCCCCUCCCCCGGAGGGAAGGAUCCCGUGCAGGUGAUCCGUGAUGCCAUUGCCAAGGCCUUGGUUUUCUACUACCCUUUUGCCGGCCGCCUCAGGGAACGCGCUGCCCGGAAGCUGGCGGUCGAGUGCACCGGUGAGGGUGUCAUGUUCAUCGAGGCUGAUGCCGAUGUCACGCUCAAGCAGUUCGGAGACGCUCUUCAGCCGCCAUUCCCGUGCCUCGAAGAGCUGCUUUACGAUGUCCCGGGAUCCGCCCAAGUGCUCGAUUGCCCCUUGUUGUUGAUUCAGGUCACACGCCUCAAAUGCGGAGGCUUCAUCUUUGCUCUCCGCCUCAAUCACACGAUGAGCGACGCCGCCGGCCUAGUCCAAUUCAUGUCGGCGGUCGGCGAAAUCGCCUGCGGCGCAGAAGCCCCAUCCGUCCCACCCGUGUGGGACAGGCACCUCCUCAACGCGCGGGACCCGCCGAGCGUGACCUGCACGCACCACGAAUACGACGACGUUCCGGACACGAAAGGGACUCUAAUCCCGCUGGACGACAUGGUCCACCGCUCCUUCUUCUUCGGCGGCGCCGAGCUCUCCGCCCUCCGCAGCCUCCUCCCUCCCCACCUCCGCGGCUGCUCCGCCUUCGAGCUCCUCACCGCCUGCCUCUGGCGCUCCCGCACCAUCGCCAUCGCCCCCGAUCCCGAGGAGGAGGUCAGAAUCCUCUGCAUCGUCAACUCGCGGAGGCGCUUCAGUCCGCCGCUCCCCGCCGGGUACUACGGCAACGCCUUCGCCUUCCCCGUCGCGAUAUCCAGCGCGGGAGAUUUAUCGAAGAAUCCGCUGCGCUACGCGCUGGAGCUCGUGAAGAAGACUAAGGCCGACGUGACGGAGGAGUACAUGAGAUCCCUGGCGGAUCUGAUGGUGAUUAGGAAUCGCCCGCAUUUCACUGUGGUGCGGAGCUACCUGGUUUCCGAUGUGACGCACGCUGGAUUUGGGGAGGUGGAUUUCGGGUGGGGAAAGCCGGCGUAUGGUGGACCGGCGAAGGGCGGCGUUGGGGCGAUUCCUGGCGUUGCGAGCUUUUAUAUUCCUUUUAAGAAUAGUAAGGGGGAGGAUGGAGUGGUGGUUCCGAUAUGCUUGCCGGCGAAUGCUAUGGAAGUGUUUGUGAAGGAGCUCGAGGGGAUGUUGCGAGGCGGCCAGGAGGUGGCUGAUCGGAAAACCGGAGUGUUCAUUGCGUCGGCGCUGUGAGGUUGUGCUUUACGCUGCUUAUGUUGUACUAUUUCCUAUGUUACCAGUAAUUAUGUAACGUGAUUAAAGGGAUUGAAUGGAUUGGAUAAAAUUCUAAGAAUGUAUUACAAAAGGAUUAUAUGUAUUGUACAAAUAAAAUAAUUUAUCA